UAAUUUCGAAAAUUUUUUAUUUUUUUUUUUCAUUCUUUAUUAUUUUGUAUAAAAAAUUAUUUCACAUACAUUUUGUGUACUUUUAAAAUUAAAAUAAAUUUUCGAUUGGUAUAUACCUUAAUAUUUUAUUGAAAUAUAUAAUAUUCUUUUUUUAUAAAUUAUGCAAAAAUAAUUAUAAAAUUUUAUUAUUUAAAAAUAUUAAAUUUUAAUAUUUAAAAAUAACUUGAUUAUUAAAUUUAUUAAAUUAUGAAUUUCAUGAUAUGCAACAAAAUAAUUGUAUUAUUAAAAGAAAAUUAAGAAGUGUAAUUAAAAAAAAAUUAUAAAUUUUCUAAUUAUUUUAUAUUUAUUUUGAAGAAAAUUAAAGAUUUUUGAAAAAAUAAAAUUAUAUUUAAGAUCGUGAUAAUUACAACCACUAUCCAAAAUAAGAAUAUGGUCUUAGUCAAGAUAAAAAGAGGUGGGGAAAACAGUUUAUUUUUUUAUGCGUAAUAGAUUUGAUUAACUCCGAGAAUUUCAAAAAUGUCUAUGCGACCUGAUGACCAUAGACGCAAAUGGAACAGAGAAGAAUAUGAAAGAAUAGCACUUCAACGUCUGCAAGAUGAAAUUGCAGAAGAAGAAUUGGGAAUUCCAAAGCAACCAGCAGUAAAAAGAGAAUUGCUCAAACAAAGAGAUUAUAAAGUUGAUCUUGAAUCUAAAUUAGGAAAAAGUGUUGUUAUUAAUAAAAAUACUCCAUCAUCACAAACUGGAGGAUAUUAUUGUAAUGUUUGUGAUUGUGUUGUCAAGGAUUCAAUUAAUUUCUUAGAUCACAUCAAUGGCACCAAACAUCAACGUAAUUUGGGUAUGUCAAUGAAAAUAGAAAGAUCUACAUUAGAACAGGUUAAAGCUCGGUUUGCAAUGAAUAAAAAGAAAUUGGAAGAAAAAAAGAAAGAUUAUGAUUUAGAACAAAGAGUAAAAGAAUUAAAAGAAGAGGAAGAGAAAAUUAAAGAAUAUAGAAAAGAAAAAAGAAAAGACAAGAAAAGAAAAAUUGAAGAAGUCAAUGAAGAUAAUGGAGGACCUUCAGAUGAAAUGGCAGCAAUAAUGGGUUUCUCAGGUUUUGGUUCUAAAAAAAAGUGACAAUGAAAUAUUAUCGGAUCAUUUGAUGAAAUAAUGCCUUCUUAAGAUGUAUCUUAAGAAAAGAUGAUAAUUAAUUUCUUUAAAAUAUUUUUCAUUGAAGAAUCAACAUUGAACAUUACAAGAUCAGGGGUAAAUAAGACUGAUCUUAAUGUAAAAAUUUAGCUUUGUAAAUAUUUAAGUUUACAACAUAAUUUUAUUUAUUCCCUUUUUCUUGUAUGAUCAAUGUUUUGAAUGUACAAAUAAUUCUUAUUUCUAUCCAAUAUUGAACAACAAUUAAUUUCUUAAGCAUAAUGAAAAUAUGUUUAUUUAGUAAAUAAAAAAUACAGUAAAAGUAUUAUGAAAUAUAUAUGGAAUAGUUUUAAUUUUAUAAAUCAUUUAUUAAUGUAUUUUAAAUUCAUUGCAAUAAUUAAAAAUAAGCUUUAUGAUGUGUAUUUAUAGUUCUUCUGGAUCAGUAAUGUAAGAAAUAUAAUUUAAAUAUUGUUUUAUGACUUGUCAAUAAAAGUACAAGAUUUUAUAUAAAAAA